AUGAAUCAAGAAUAUCAGAAAGUCGAAAACGAAGCUCAAAAGCAGAGAUUUUUUAACGUCCUUUUGCAAGUCCUUGAUGAUUUGGAAAUAUUGGCCAAAGUUCCAUACAUUUUAACCCCAAACUAUUUUCAUAAAUUGCAAAAAUUUCUCUGCAAAGAUGACCUGGAGUGCAUCAAAUAUUUUUUGGUAUCAUCUUGUGAGGUUCGAAAAACUACGGAAUUUGGUGCUGCAGAUGACAAUUCAGCCCACUUCAUGUCAAUAAUAAAAAAGAACAACCCCUUACUGGAGCAUAUAAGAACACAGCAAAAUAUGGAGCCCACAGUUUUGCAUUUAAUAGAAUUCAUAAAUACCGUUUUAGGUUUAUUUCAAGAUAGAUUAUCCUUCACUGGCGUCGAAGCUAUAGAAAUCAAUCAAAAAUUGCGUGCGGCAUACCACAGGAACAAGUUUUACAAGGAGAGGAUUGAGUUUUUUACGAAGCAACAGCAAACGCUUGAAGAGGAAUUGGGAGGCGUUUUAAGUCAGCAAACGGCAAUUCUGGAUGGUUGUAAAGUCGAGAUUGAAGCUGCGCAAAAGGCGAACAAAAAGUUGAUGGAGGAGAAAAUGAAGCAAACUUUGAAGAUAAUGAGCGAUCAGACUCAAAUCAGCGAAGAAAAGCAGGAGUUUUUGGUGGAAGAAUUCGAAACAAUCAAGAGCGAAUACGAUAACCUUCUAAUUUCCCAUAUAGAGAUAGAGAAGAAACUGCGAGCCAAACGAUCGAAAGCUGAGGCUCAGCUACACUCGUGGAUAACGAAGUACGACACCGAUAUCGGGGACAAACAGGCGGAGUUUGAGAAACUCACGGAACAAUACGAAGAGCUGGACAAAAUCUACGUCAAACUGGAGGAAGACACCGUCGAACAAGAACCGAUAUACGAGCAAUGCGUUGAAGAAAAGGAGGCAGAACAAGAGGAAGUGCACAAUCAAUGCUCCAUAGUGUUUCUUCUCAAUAGAUCCGCCAGAAGGAUUCAGAGAUACUGGAGGUUAUACCACUUGAAAGUCAGCAAACGAAGGAAAAAAGCUUAGUGUAAAAUGUAGUAAAGACAAUAAAAUAUCGAUCAAACAUCCGCUGUUUCAAUCGACAUAGGGCGUAAAGCCGACUGUACCAUACAAAAAUAGUCAACCUUCUAAUAACUGUCUUAAGGAUAUCAACAAGGACUUAACUGUCUUAAGAAUGUC